UAAUUUUUCGAAGUUUGAAAUUUGAAUCUCUGAUUUGCAGUGAUAGUUAGAUGGCAACGAGAUCAUCAUCCAAAAAUAUCGAGGGUUUCUACCGGCACAAGAAGAGCACUGCCACCAAGAAGACUUCGAAGAGAAAGUCCCCCAAGUACGUUGCCUCCUUAGACUCCGAUGUUACCCAACCGGCGGCCCUGAUUUCUCACGGUUCCUUUGAUCUCAAAGAUGAUUAUAGUAAGAAUGAAGAAGCACUGAGGGAGUUUGACAUGAACAUGUCAUAUGGUCCAUGCCUUGGUAUAACCAGACUGGCUCGAUGGGAACGUGCUACUCGUCUUGGCUUAAACCCUCCCAAAGAAAUUGAAGGCCUCUUGAAAGCUGGAGCGGUUCAAGGUGAGUGCUUGUGGCAUGAUCGUGUUUAGGAAUCAGUAUGUUUUUGUCUGUGAAAAUCUAAUGUGUGGAAGUUAUGUUAUGUUCAGCCCCUAGCUGUACUUUUACUAGAUGUUUGAAUGUAGUGAAAAACUAGAAGUGUUGUUGGUAAUUUUAGUUUAUUUUGUCUUGAACAAUUGGCAUUUCAUUGUCUAAAUCUUUCUUCA